UUCGGGCUGCUGCGUUAGUGACGGUGUGAGCUACACAAAGAGGGAUGAGGUUGCCGUGGGCACUCGCCUCACUGGAUAAUUGCAUUUACUGAUCCAAGGCACAGUGCUUGGGUAACAAGGAGGGCAGCAUGAGUGGGCAACGCGUGGACGUUAAAGUGGUGAUGCUGGGAAAAGAAUCCGUGGGGAAGACAAGCCUUGUGGAGAGAUAUGUGCACCACCGCUUCCUGCAUGGACCGUGCCAGAAUACCAUAGGAGCUGCAUUUGUUGCCAAAACGAUGUAUGUGGAAGGGCGCGGUCUAACAUUGGGAAUAUGGGACACCGCUGGGUCUGAACGUUAUGAAGCCAUGAGUCGCAUAUAUUACAGAGGGGCCAAAGCUGCUAUAGUUUGUUAUGAUCUCACGGAUGCCAGCAGUUUUGAGCGAGUCAAAUUCUGGGUGAAUGAGCUGCAGAACCUUGAGGAGCACUGCCGGAUUUACAUUUGUGGCACCAAGAGUGACUUACUUGAAAACGAUAAAAGCCUGCGUCAGGUGGACUUCCAUGAUGUCCAGGAUUUUGCCGAAGAGAUUAAAGCUCAUGUCUGUGAGACAUCUAGUAAAACUGGGCAAAGUGUUGAUGAGCUUUUCCAGAAAGUAGCGGAGGACUAUGUGAACUUUAAUUGUACGCAGAGUCCAACGGAGGAAAAAGGUGUUGAUCUGAAUCAAAAUUCCGCAAUGUACUCCUGCUGCCAUCACUAGGUGCCACGUGCACCCACUUACAUCUCAGACUGCCUUUUUUUGUUCUAAUGUUUUUUGCAAGAAAAAAAACAUUAGAAAAUUGUAUUCUUCAUUCCGGUGUUUAGGAAAACGAAUCUGUUGCCAAAAUAUGCCUACUGCUUUAGUUUAGUUGCUCUGUGGCAAACACCUUUUGAUGUACAUAAUAAAGAACUCUCACUGGAUACAACCAACUCAGAUUGGCUGAGACUUCUCUAGGGUCCUGUAUAUAUAAAUGAUGUACAAAUUCCAGACUGCUUGUUGUGACAUGCUGGAAAUUCAGUCAAUUUCAUGUAUGUUAAAUAAAACAACGUUAAUGUA